AUGGUUAUUCUUGGUAUUGCUACAACUGAACACUGUGUUGUAGAAAACAUGGAGAAACAGAACUCAGGUAUGGACAAGAAAAAGCCAACAAUAUCUAUCAAUGUAUUCAAGCCUGAAAAACAAAACGUACAGUUGAAAAGACCUUUGAGGACCCGUCGUUCAGGAGGCAAGCAUCAGAUGGCGGCAUGUUGUGCAUGUAAGAAAAAAAGAAAGAAAUGUGACGGUAAGUAUCCGGUAUGUUCUACAUGUGAAAGAUUGGGAUUGGAAUGUACAAUGAUAUAUCCACCAAAUGGGAAAGAAAUCAAGCGUGAUUAUUUGGAAACAUUAGAGAAAUCAGUCAAGGAGCUAACAUCAAAACUGGACAUCCUUCAAUCAAAAAAUACCACUGGCGCCGAAACUAUAUCUAAUAGAGUUGCUCGUACUUUUGAAACCAAAUUCUCAACUUCACAAGUAAAGUAUCCUCCGACUUUGAACAAAGACAAUGUAUUGGCAGAGGAAGUUGGUUUCAUUACAUUGGGGGCCGGAGGCGAGCCAUGUUAUAUUGGCGAAACAUCGGCAUAUUCGAUUGCCAAAGUGAUUUCCACUUCAUUAACAUGCCCUCCCUUUGAAGAACCACAUCCAUGGAAAGACGGCGGCUUCAGUUUGAAUUUGGAGCUUCCCUUUAGUCAUCCUGAUAUCAAAUCAGGGAGCGAGCUUCUAUCCUAUUACAAGGAAUCUGUUCACUGUCAAUAUCCAUUCUUGGAUUGGAAUUAUGUGGAAGAAUGCUUCAAUUUGGUACUUACAGAAAAGAGUCAAGAACAAGUUCCCAAUUUCUUUAUUUACAUGAUCUUUGCUAUCAGCUCUCAACUACAUGAUGUUUCCAACAAAAUUCAAACAAGUCAGUAUACAAGAGCAUACUAUUCUAAGGCCUUCCAGUAUUCCAACAGGACAAUCGAAUCCCCUACCAUUUAUGCAGUUCAGGCAUUUCUACUAAUAGCGGUAUUUUCUCAAAAAAUGCCUGAUAGUUCUUCAGGGUGGCAGGCUAUAGGUUUGGCAAUUAGGACUGCCGUUAUUUUAGGGCUUCACCGAAAACCAUACACUAGAAAUAACGAGGAGCUAACCGCACAUCAGCUUCAAGUACAAGACCUAAAAUCUAGGAUCUUCUGGUCUGCAUAUGGCAUCGAAAGAAUAAAUGGUCUAGUUUUGGGUAGGCCUUUUAGUAUUUCGGAUAUAGACAUCGAUGCACCCUUUUCUAUCGAAAGUUGUGAGACAAGGGUCGCCUGCCAUGUAAUCAAACUUCGCAGGAUUCAAUCUAAUAUUUACACGUUUAUUUAUAAACCGUUGCAUUUGACAGAUCAACUAGAGAAUAUGGAAACAACAAGAGUUCAGAUUUUGCUUGAACUGAAUGACUGGAUCCUUACUUUCCCAUUUAAGAAUGAUGCCUCUUCGACGUUCGAAACCAACAACUGGUCGUUGAUUUCAUAUCACAACUCUAUUCUUCUACUAUUGAAGCCAAUCUUUCUAGAAGUUUCCAAAAGGAAAAAAGGCUCAUCCAAAGAACACCUGGAAUGGUUUAAGGUGUUUACCGAAAGCGCUUCGGCAAUUUGUAUAAACUACAAGAACAUGUAUUUGAAGGAAAAAAUGAGCUUCACUUGGUUAGCUAUGCACUGUUGUUUUGUUUCUGGGAUCUCAUUUUUGUAUUGCAUAUGGCUGGAUACGGAGCUAAAAGUGCUGAAAUGGAAGAGGAAAAGUCUGAUAUACGAGACAAUAAGUGCUUGUCAGACAGUUUUAUACGUAUUAGCCGAAAGAUGGAAUUCAGCACUGAGGUUUAGAGACACUUUUGAAAGACUCUCUUCAAUAGUUAAAGCUGCAAUAGAAUCCUCUUGUGAGGUCAGAGGUUUAUCCUCACCCAGAACUAAUGAUAUAUCAAGUUCAAGAGUCUUUAUCGAGGGAAGCAUUAGCAUCGAUUCCUACUUAUCAUGCGAAAAAUACCGGGAUAUGGUUAAACACAUCCAUUCAUUCAGCGAUGAAAAUAAAACAGGUAUCAAACCUAAUGUUGGUGGAACCAUCAACGAGGAAGAUAGCCUGGAAAACCUCCUGAAUAUUUUUGACCAUUCCGGGGAUCAGUACCUACGAGAUUUGUUUGACGAAUUAGAGGACAACGUUCUCAUGAUCUCCUAA